CCUCGCCAUUUCCUCUCACCCAUUACCUGACGCUCAGCUCUCCCAUGCACAGUGACGGAGGGAGUGUGAGCAUGUGGGAGGUGCGAUCCGCUGGCCACCCUCCGCUGACCACCACCACUACCACCACCACCACCAUCACUAUCGCCACCACGAGAGAUACAGUCCACCAUUCAUCGCCUCUGUAAUAUCUAACGCCCAACAUCCAGUUAGCUCCACGCCACCAUGGACUGCCUUACCGAGAACCUGACCAACGUGUCCCUAGCCGCUCCCCGGAACACCUCGUGGCUUGGUGGCGAGGACGACUGGUGCGAGAGGUGGCGCAGCGGGGAGCCACUCGUGAUGGGAGAGAAGUACCCGUGCCCUGAAGUGUUGGAACGCGGCCGUGCUCUAGAUGAUUUUGAGAAAGUGCAGGUGGCGUUGGUGGUGGCACUAGUGGUGGCCUCUGUAGCGGGAAAUGCUGCUGUGGUGGCGGUCAUAUCCCUCAACAGACUCCUGCGUACCUCCGUCAACUACUACCUGGCCAACCUUGCCGUGGCAGACCUGCUCAUCACAGUCACCUGUUGGCCCACGCUCGUUAACCGCUUCACUGCUCCACUUUAUGUCCUCGGCCGCCCUCUCUGCAAGAUAACCGUGCUAGCGCUGGCCACUUGCAUCAACGUAUCUGUGCUCACGUUGGCGGUGGUGGCUAGCGGGAGACUCUACGCUGUUUUGUUCCCACUUCGAGCCCUCCGCACCUCCUCCCGCCCAGUGCUUCUUAUCUCCCUCCUCUGGGUGGCCUCUUUCGUCCUGGCUCUCCCCUCCUUCUACGUCAGGGACACGCAGGCUGUAAAGUGGAACGAUCUAGUGGAGGAGAGUUGCAGUGACGUCCUCUGCAGCGCCUCCUCCAUCGCCGCCUUCCGCUACUACAGAAUCCUGCUUCUCAUCACCAUGUUCUUCCUGCCGGAGACGGUGAUGGUGCUUGCCUACAGCGUCAUUGUGGUGCGGCUGUACUGCGUCAGGAGGGGGCCCAAAGACCACGACACGCCCUUGCCCACCCCACUCCCAGCCAGUGACCACCCACACUCCGCCGCUCGCCGAAAGGUGGUGAAGAUGACGGCAGCAGUGGUGGCGGCCUUCACGGUGUGCUGGUCUCCCCUUCAGGCUCUGUCUCUCUACGGGCUGCUCUCUGAAGACACCCUGCCCGAGUGGUUUUCCAACGCUGAGUUCUGGGCGUAUUUCCUCGGUUACUGCAACUCUGCCUUCAACCCGCUGUUGUACUGUGGCUGCAGCGAGAACUUCAGACACGGCCUUACCAGCCUUGUACUCCGAAGACCACGCUGGCGAAGAAAGACGAGAGCAGGGAGCGCCAACUCAUGGUCCCCCUCGACCCUCCUCCUUCGCCUCACCUCCUCCUCCCUCUCCCGUACAUCAUCUGGAGGAGGCAGGGGAGCUGUUUCCCGCCAGACCUCAAACUCCCUCCCCUCCAAGACCUCAGACCCUGCCCGCUCCUCUAGGAAGGAGAACUCCACCACUCCAAGCCUGCUCAGGUCGUGCUCCAAGGGCGAGUUAGUCUGUCCGGAGCAUCAACUGGAGAACAACAACGCCACCUCGAAGCUCAUGGGUGAAGCCGAGGCGCUGAACCAAGUGACCCAGCCCUGAAAGGAGAACAGAAGAGAGUACAUUAACCCUACGCACUGAGUGGAGAGGAAAAUGAAAGUAAGGGCGACAUUGAGAGGAAAGUGAAAGUGAGGGAAGAGAGCAUUAAUCAUUCGUACUGUGUGGAGAAAGGAAUAACGAAGAAGCACGAAAGAAAAACAAUUCAACCUUGGCGAGAAAUAAAAAGAAAGGCUCUGUCGUAAACACUGCAUCUCCGCCCUUAAUACUCACAGAUAUUAGGGCGCCUAAGAUAAGUAGAAGGGUAAGGCUCAACACAGACGUUAAGCUUGGUCUUACGUUGAGCCUUGUGUUUGCUGCGCUCAACCUCGUGUUUAAUUACGGUGAAACAAGCAAAGAAGGCCGACCAUCAAGGAGCACUUGUCCGUCACCACAAGAAUUAUCACUCCCGUAAGGACGUUCUCAGUGACCUGAGUGACCGAACUGUGGCAAAUACAUAAAUUAGAUGGGCAAGAGUAUUAUUCGUGACAGAUUUGAGAGAUAUCUUAGACAGCCCCACAGGAAAACAUGAUGCACUGAAGGUAUCAGAGAGAGUAGUAAUUACAGCAUUGUUUAGCAGUAAUGAUGAUCUUGGAUCUUGCUGUGUCCUGUUGUUACCGUGUCUCACUUCCCUUCUUAGUAAUAGAGGCCAAUGCAGCCUUUUUUGUGCCACUGAGUGAGUCAAGGCUACUUCUUACCUUAUAUACUGACUGGACGAAGAAGGAAAGUCUGGUCAUCGGUCCAGCUGGGUAUCCUUUAUUGGCCGUUUGGGUCUUAAGGGUCAUCAUCUCCAUACUGAAGAAAAAAGGGACAGGGAAAGAGGAGCUGCUGAGUACGAGCGGCGCGGCCCCGUUGGCUCUCAGGUCGUAAACACUGAGACAAAAAUACUCUUCCCUUCCGCGAAAUGUA